UAGUCAGGAGGUAUCAUUGGUUAUACUAUGCACUUUGUCCAUAAGAUACACAUACCGGAUCUUCCUCUCACUCAUUUCGAUUAAUCUGAAUCCAUCAACAAGCCUUUAUUGCAAAGAGUGGAAUAUGAAUUUCUGGGAAAACGAGACUAAUUCUUCUCCUCACUCUCAACAAUCAUCGUACAGACUCGUCGACAGAUGUAUCCGUUUGAAAACUACAUAUUGGAACAGAGAAUAUACAAUAAUUUUGCUCGCGUAUAUAGGUUUAACAAUUGUGUCGUGUCAGUUUAAUAUAUACUAUGAGUAUUUCGACUCUUUGGUAAAUCAAAAUAAAGUUGACUCUAAUCAUUUUGCUUACAUAGAUUACUACGAGUAUGGAUAUUAUAUCAGUUUGAUACCUGCCGGUAUCUUGGUUACCAUUUAUCCAGCUCACAAUAUUUUUGGGAUUUCCUUUACCAUUUUGUCGAUCUGUUAUUUAAUCGCAACCACGAGUGUAUGUUACGUAGACGCUCACGUGCAUUUCUUCUUACAAUUCUUUUUGGGAAUGGCAAUGGCCACGGUGAUUAUAGCGAUUGACAGGGUUUGGACGUAUUGGGUGCCACUGGAUAAGCAGACAAUACGUCACGUUCCAAUAGUCCUGCACGAGAUUUUACACGAAGGCGGAUAUAUUUACUACAGCAUAACCGAACUAAACCACAUAUUUUCAUCAUAUACUUUAACUCUGUCUAUGGGACUGAUGGGGUUGGCGUGGUACGUUGUGUGGUUCUACGUGAUCAAUGGUAACCAAUUUCGGAGCCUGAACGUCGAUGUCAUUUUAUUUGGAGGUUCGAACAACCAUCGAUAUUCUUUUGAAACAUCCGGUUUUUCGUUAAUCCGUUCAAUCGUGUCGGACAUACCGUGGAAGUCGUUGUAUACUUCAAAGCCCGUCCUCGUGAUUGCUCUAUUAUACGUGUGUAAUGUUCAAAUAAUUAAUAGAAAAGCAGAUGGUGAUUUCUUCUCUACCGAAUUUAGUGAAUGGAAUAUGAGAACAUGGACUAUCAUAAUAUUGCUUCUCGUCGUCAUCCUGGCAGAAUUAUUUCCCGAGAUUAUUAUAUCCACUUCAACAACCAACAUCAGAAAGUUUUGGACUUGCUUAUAUUUCGGUUUAAUGAGCAUAUAUUUUUUUCUGGAAUCUAUUAUCGGCAACGCUUUAGAAACCAAUGAAAUUUUACAUUUUGUGCUUAUAGAAAUAGAAUUUCUUUAUACUUUUGGAUUCUACUUAAACUAUUUGGAUAUCGCGCCAGUUUAUGCUAGCUUACUUUUUAGUCUAUUGCUGAGCAUGCAUUAUAUUUCAAGUUUAUUUUGGGAAUUAGUCCUAAAAACAAUAACCAAUUUUAAGAUACUAGACGAGGCCGGAAUUGAUAUGUUUAUGGCAGUAGUAUGUUUAGCGAUGGCAACGUGCUAUGGUAUUUUUGCUUCAGCGGAAGUUCAACCGUGGGCAGCAGACAGAUCAGUAGAAGAAAAUCAACAAGAUAUAAUUGAAGACGACGGUAUACCAUCUGUGUAACAGACGAAUGAAAUACAUUUACUACUGUAAACAAUACACAUUACACUCAAAUGCGUCAUUUAGGCAAUAUAGAUAUAAUACAAUUAUUUAUAUUUAGUAUUGUAAUUGUUAAUUUGUGUUGAUUAAAUGUAUUUGUAGGUUUUAAAAUAUUUAUCGGAAAUAACCAAGGCCGUAUUUGGAGGUUCAAUCAUCCCCCAUACUUUUAUAGUUCAUACAUUUAAUUUAGGAAACUCAAUUUGCUAAAAUAAUUUUUCAUGUACAUAAUAAUAUUCGUUACUAUACAUUAUUAAAAACCAAAUUU